AUGUACGGGAACUAUCAUGCAGAAGGCAGCAACGGCUGGCCUCCGGCAAGAUGGAAGGGCUCGGACGACUCGGACACAGAACGCGACUACCGCUCGACCACCCGCUCAGAGGCGUCCUCUUCACACCAAUCCCUGCGCGAUUCUAGCAGCCUGGGUGGAUCCGCACGCCAAGCGAUCGAGGUCGUUGGUCAGAACCUGCAGCACCAGUUCGAGUUCGAAGGCCUCAAGCCCGUCCUGGAUCCCUCCAGUGACGGCUUGAAGAAGUCCACUCCCAGCGGCGAGCUCUUGUCUCUCGUGCACCGCACCCUCUCCGACGACGACAUCGUCGUUGUUGGAUCUGACCGUGAAACCGACCAUUCCGAUGUCGAUCCCGACAGUAGUGUCAUAUACUCGUCGUGGCAUGGCGUCAACGGCUCCGAGGGGGACCACAGCGUUGAGAACGCCGGAGGAGGCGGUGAAGGGGUUCAUGCAUUGAUGCUUCGCGCCCAAAAGUUUCUCAUGGCGCGCAAGACAUCGCUGAAGAUCCGCAUCCCUGCGUGGCGCAAGAUCCAAACUCCACCUAUGACACUCUUCGAUACUCUGCGCUUGAAGCUCAGCGGUAUUCCCUCCUUGCCUACAUGGAUUUCCGGAUGCAAGGACAAUGCAAUGCACUUCUGGCGGCUCCAUGUGCUCAUGAACAAUCUCAUCGACCGCACUAUCUCGGUAGACGACGUCCGGUCCCCUGAACCACUUUACUCCUGCAUCGUCACCCAGCUGGACCACAUCCUGGACCCAAACGACGGACACCCUCGCGAGUACAUCAUCGCUCACGUCGCUCUUCCCCACGCCAGAACCCCCUCCUAUCCAACCGACGCACCCCCUCCCUCCGAACCGGCCCCUCCGCGUCCCCUCGGGCUCAUCAAGUUCCAGCGCUGCUGGAAGGGCUCCAUCCCCGUCGAGCAGUACGACAAAUGCGGCUGCUCGAGCGACGCGAACCGGGCCAUGUGGCUCCCAGUGCACGACGCGGUCAACGUCUACGGGCCGUUCCUGGACCCUGUGACGGGGCGCCGCCGGAUGGUCCUGCGCUCGAGCCGCGCGCCCCUGACGCUCGUCCGUCUCGUCGUCGCGGCGUGCGCGCUGCGCCGGCUGCACGUCGAGGCCUACGAGGACACGCACGCGCACGCGUGGUUCGCGCGCGCGCUCUGGGAGCGGCUCGUGCCCGCCGGCAGCGCGGACGUCGUGUACCCGGCGUCGGACUGGCGUACGUGGCUCGCAGGUUAUGCGCGCUGGCUCGGGGGAUCCACGCCCGCUGCGUCCGAGCCGGGCGCGGAUCCGCGGCCGGGGUUCGACGCCGUCUUGGAGGGAGCGGAGGCGGAGGCGUGCCGGGCGAUCGAAGACGGCGCGCUCGGCGAGUUCGCGGCCGCGCGGGCGAAGAUAGCGGAGUGCCUUUCCCCUGAGGGAGAGUGGGUCUCCCCUGAGGAUCAAGCAAAGACGGUCGAGGAUAUCUCGGACGCGGUGGACACGGCCAUGUGGGGGGAUUUUCGCGACCUGAAAGAGAGGAAAGACCCGUUGAUGGCACUGGCGCACGCGGAGUUGGAACGCCGUCUCCAGGCGAACAUCGCGCACAGGAGGGAGCUUGCCGCUCUGCCCGGAGAGGGACAAGAAGUGCUUCUACCAUGUUAA